AUGGCUCCGUCUCUCAACACGCACUCGUCGUUCACGCGUCCGCGCACGAGCGACCGAGAUGCCCGACCUAGCACCCGUGAUCAGAACGACACGAGCUUGAUCAUCCCGAGCAGGACCUCUUCCUUACACUCGCGUAUUACUCAACCAAUCCCGUCCCAGCUCAACUCCAAACCCCAGCAGAGGACCCCCAAGACGCUGACCCAUGCCUACAUGGUAUGCGGUGUUGGACGGGAGCCUUCGCAGUGGGUGAAGGCUCCUGCUCCCGCCCAAGGAAAGAUUGGUCACAUGAAGGGUGCCGUCGGCCAGUUCUGGCUCCCUGAGAUCCUUGGAAGCAGCCCCAGACUCGAGCAGGACAACGAGGUUGCUCGUUCUCUGCACGCCGCCAUGAGAGCUUGUUUCCCUCAUGACGUUGAGAUCUGCACCGGCCGCAGCCAGCCACACUGCGUCCACCAUGCAUUUGUCCUGCAACAAGACUCGUCGCACACCUUGUACGGUAUCUGUCUGCGAGUCUGGUCCCGCGCAGAUGAGAAGAGGGCAGAGACCAUCCGUGACCUGAGAAAGCGCACGGAGCCCGACUUCUACGACAAUGCCGACGAGACCUACUGGAUUCCUUACUGUCUGUCUUUCCUUUCUAGAUACCCCCUUUACAACCUGCUGGGCGAUUACCUCCGCGGCAUGUGGAUUCACUGGAACAAGGCCACCAACUUGUUCCACGCCGAGGAGGUUUCGAGAAUUCUGAGCUUCCCAGCUCCCCGACUGAACGACCUGGUUCGAAUCGACAUGAAGGACUACGCGCUAUGCUACCAGUUCCCUUCCUCCCCGACGGGAUUCCAGAAUUUCGCCAUGUGGCCGCUGUGGGCUUGUCUGUCGAUCCCCAAUAUUGUGGGCGUUGUUGAGGCUGCUAUUUCGCCUACUAGACGAAUAAUCUUUGUCAGUCAUUACCCGGCUAUGCUUACCAUGGCGGCCGAAACUGUCCGCUUCUGCGUCAGAGUCUACGAGUGGAGUGGUCUUUACGUCCCCGUCGUCCACGCCCGCCACGCUACCGAGUUGGUUCAGGAGCCUGGUCCCUAUAUUUUAGGUAUUACCGCGGAAUGCAGAUCUCUCUUCACCGCCCCCACUGAUGCGCUGGUGGUCGAUUUGGAUCGCAACUUUGUUCUCACCUCGAGCCCUCCCACGGCCUUGACUCCCGGUCAGCGCAAUAAGUUUGUGACUCGCCUGACUCAAGCGCUGAACGGUGAUGUUGCUCCUUCGGGUGUCCCUGCCCACCUACGCUCCGCUUACGGUGGUGGUAAGCUGGUUCCGGCCGGCCAGAUCAUCGUCAUGCGUGGAGAAGUAGAGUCGAUCCAGGAGCCCGCAUGGUGGAACCAGGAUUCCGUUAUGGCUGUGAUGGAUCAUGUCUGUGAGAAGAUGGGUCGCAACACUGGGUUGAAGGCGGUCUUCGGCGGAUCGGUGAAGAAGCCAUUGAUGACCAAGGUCUCGAUGAGACAUCUUAACGAGAUCGUCCGAGAGCGCAACCAGUACUCCCGUGAUGCCCAGGAAGCUUGGCAGGACUUCAUCAACCUCAAGGGGCGCAUGGACACCGAGCUCGCCAAGGUUACCAAGAGAAACAACUACCUUGUCGAGGAAUUGGAGAGCUGGAAGACACAGUUCCUCAAGUUCCAGGCCUUUGCUGAGCAGCUCACCAAGGAGACACAAGACCUCAAGGUCAAGAUUGAGAACCACAAGCGCGAGAACCGCCGCCUUGGAACGCUUAUCGACCAGCAGAAGGAUGACAACGCCAGACUGUCCGUACGUCUGGCUGGUACCGAGAAGCAGAGAGACGAUGCUCUGGAAGCUCUUGUUCUGCAGCAGGAAAUUGCCGAGGAGCUCGAGCGCGAGCGCAAGCGAAACAAGAAAGAGCUCGCUGCCCUUCAGCACACCAACAGCACCAUUACACGACAGCGCGACGAGGCUCGCCGCGUUGUUCUUCACUUGCGCAGUUUGAUUGGUGGACAAUCGCACCACAUGGAGCACCUGGUCCAGUCUCUCACCAAGCCUGAGGAGCUCACUGGCGAGAUCCAGGCCGGUUUCGAUGAGACCACCGACGAUGCCCAGGCUGCUGCCGAUGAGCGCCUUGGACAGACCCUCACCCGUGCCCAUAAGGCCAACCAGCGCAUGAGCUUCAUGGACGUGUCCGACCGCCACCUGAAGGACAAGACCGAUGCCAUCGCUCACAUUAUUCGCAACAUCUCGGAGCAGUGCCAGGCUGCUGUUGAGAGCCUCCAGCUUGCUCAGGAUGGCGAACUCGAGUCUCGCGCCAACUCGCGCCGUGCAAGCAACCUUUCUGUUGGCCCUAGCGAUGACGGCCACGACAACUCGACCACAGCUUCGGAUGCCGGUGACGACAGCAUGCUGCACCCCUCGGGUCGUAUCUCAAGCAUCCCUCCCACUCCGGAUUUGAUCCCCAACAGGAGCAGCACCUCGAUGUCUAUUGCUUCGACAAUGACUACUCCAGAGCGCUCAAGCCAGCAAUAUAUGACUCACAGCGAUAUCCCCACCAAGAUCGUUGAGGAUGAUGAGGAGAGCUUGGCCGGUGAGAACGAGCCCGUCUCUCACGAGCCUGGCUUGGUGGGCAAGCACGCCGCGAGCCUGAUCCACCGUCCGUCUGGUGCUAGAAUCAGUGCCCUUGGUGGUACCCGAUAA